UGCUGCCGUGUGCGCCCUGUUGUCCCCCAGCAGGAGCAGCUCGGCCCCUAUUCAGAUGUAAAUAAGCCCCUAUAAAUACUAGCAACAGUCAUUGAACGACAGCAGCACGUCUCAUUCGGAUUGUACAAUAAACACAAAUCAGGCUGCUGAGGGAGAGGAGAGGAAGCUCGAUCAAGCAACAUGGCUCCUUCUGCUCGGCACAGCAAGAGCGAAUUUAGCCUGCAAGAAGAGGAGUGCUACUACGGGAUUCAGAAGUCGGACAGAAAGACCAGGAAGCCUCUGGUGGAAAAGCAGAGGCGAGCUCGCAUCAAUGAGAGUCUGCAGGAGUUGAGGAGCCUGUUGGCUGAUUCAGACCUGCACUCCAAGAUGGAGAACGCUGAGGUGCUCGAGAUGACUGUGAAAAAGGUGGAGGACGUCCUGAAGAACCGAGCGCAAGAAGCAGACACACUGAGCCACGAAGCGAGCGAGAGGUUUGCUGCUGGCUACAUCCAAUGCAUGCACGAGGUCCACAUGUUUGUGUCUACCUGUCCCGGCAUCGAUGCAGCGGUGGCGGCCGAGUUGCUCAACCAUCUUCUGGAUUGCAUGCCCCUGAACGAAGACCACCUCCAGGACGUGCUGAUGGAUCUAAUCACGGACACGUCUGGAAACGUGGGCAGCGCGUGGCGCGGAGACCUGCUCCGUUCGACUCUGGCCUCUCCCGGGGGUAGGAGCGUGUCCAGCGGGUCGUCUUCCGCCCUGUCGCCGGCCCCUUCCGGCACAUCUGGCGAGGACUCCUGCUCCGAUCUGGAUGACACCGACAGCGAGCACAACCAGAGUACUACGCAAGCUUUGGAAAACGGGGAAGCUAUGAGCACACCCACAGUGACCUACUCCAGGUCCAUGUGGAGACCCUGGUAAGAGCCCCUUGGUGUGGACGGGCUGCAUGAUGCUGGAUCUAGGAGGAAAAAUUGCACCCCAAAACAAACACUUAACACCUACAAAUGAACAUACUCAUCUACAGUUGCCACAUUUGUGGAUUUAUGUAUGUCUGAGCAGUUUGUCUUCACAACUUGUCAGACAAAGACAUAUUGACACUGUGUAUCUUCAGGAUGGUUCAUGUAUUUUUUUUGUUAUUCUCUUUUGAACUCUUGAAAAUGUUGGAGUCCACUCAGUGAACAAAAACAGCAGAAAGUGUCUGCAACUGACCUUUGGAUUUUUGGGCUGGAUUAUUUUAAGAGUCGACUUCCUUUAGGCAGCAGAGUGAAGUAAUGGUUAGCACAGCUUUGCAAUUCUGAGGUCUUGGGUUCAAACUUGCGCUUGUGUGUGUUUCUUCCAUUUUCCGAAGACAUUUAGAUGUCACUUGAAAACAACAUUGGCCCCUGAUGUGAAUGAGAGUGUGAAUGCUUGUUUGUCAAUAUGUGCCCUGGGUCUGGCUGGCGACCAGUCCAGGGUAAACCCAACCUCUCGCCAAAUUCAUCUCAGAAAGGCUCCAGCUCGCCCAUGUUGACCCUAAAGAGCAUCAAAAUUGGUUGGAUGAAUGAAUUUUUCUUUAGUGGGCUUUCAUCAGGGGCAUGAUGAUGACACUCUUCCUCACAACAUUCACUUAUAGCUCGACCACAAGGGUCAAAUGAGGAAUAUACCCUUUUUAUGUGAAUAACUUCAUGUAUUGUAUAUAGGAUUUGUAUUGUGAGCUCUUUUAGAAAAUGUAAGUUUGACCAUGCCUCUGAUUAAUAUAAAUAUUUCUAAUGUAUUUCAUAAAGAUUUGUACUGGUAGUUUAUCUGUUUAGUAAACUCCCUUAGAAUGUUGUGUUCUAUCAUGUUUAGAUCGUUGAAUUUUCCUAAUAAAUGUUUUAAAGAAAAGGCUCAAGUGUAAUGUAAUGUGACUCAAAAAGAAGAAAAAAAAAAAGAAUCAGUCUUGUGGGGUCACAAGCUCUUGUGUUAUUCAUAAUAUAGUGGGAGUCACAUCACAUUAAUACCAUGAGUUAACCUCAGUCUUGUCAACUUAGAAAAGCUGAUUCAGCAAUUUUAUAGGAAGUCCUAUUAGUAAGUUAAUUUACUUGGAAAUCUCCUGUUAGUCUAACUACAGACAUACAUGUCAGGUCUGUGUGAGGCAACCGUGAUAAAGUUGCAACACAUUUUAAGUACUUUAGAAUGCUGUAAUUGGACGUCAAAGCAUUGCUUCAUUAUAAAAUGUGUUCUGUUGCAGUGAGAUACACUUAUCUUUUAUGUAUUGGCUUCAGGUUGAUGUACUUAUAUUAGCAUAACCGAAUACAAAUCUCAUGUGGUGCCUGUCAUGUCAAAAACUGAGUAAAAACAAAAAAUAACACUGAGAAAUGUUUUCCCUCUUAUUGAAAUUAUACGAGAAUCGGUCAAAAUGUACAAGUAUCUUACUAUUGACUAAGGAGGCAGAGGUGCCUGACAAGUGCGCAGAAAGAAAUGAGUCCUCACUUUAAUGGAUUUUAGUUUUCCUCUAGUUGUAAAGUUACCGUUUUGGUGUAUGAGAAAGAACCAGGAAAAACAGACACAGUCAGGAGGAUUUUGAGCAACUUUUUAGCGAAGAAAGUGAGCAAUGAAGUAAGCCACCCUACACAUCAACCCUUUGAUAUAGUGGGCCCAAAACAAGCACAGGACAGGUUGCCCCUCUUCACCAAGUAGUUCAAGUAUUACCUGGCUGCUGAAGCAUCAGGCACCUGUUUAAAAAGAUGAAUUUAUUCUGUAAUUUCUCAUUACUGUAAAAAAAACACAAAAAAAAAUACAUAUAUGUAUGUAUAGAACAUACGUAUAUAUAGAUUUGACGGUGUACAUGUUUUGGCUAGUGAGUGUGUGUUCCCGUUAGCACACCCUUGCCACUGAGUCGCACGUCUUCUCAGAUGAGCUCAUUGGCAAAAAGCUGUUAAAUCCUGUCUGGAUAGUGCAAACCCACCAUCACAAUGCACUGACAGCUGUGUUCUUUCUUCCUGACACAAACCAAAAAAAAAAAUCAUGGAAAACACUCUAAAAGGCUAUUUCAGACAAUUUCAGUCUAAAUUUUGAUGUUUUAAUAUUUGAUGUCGGAGGACGAUGAGGUUGUUGUGUCUUUAAAGUAUUUAGGACUAGUAAUUAACACAGCUAAGUGGUGGAUGGGUGUGAAAGUGACAGGAAACAGCUCAAGGAGGACCAGUGAUCAAAGCUGCCACUGACCAUUUGACAGGGAAGCGUCAAAGCCUUGCAGAGC